GUUGACCCAUCGAAUUGACAAAGACUACCAGCAACAAUAUUCUUCGUAAAGUCCAUAUCUUUUGAACGGUCUUCCUUUUCGUCAAGUGCAGCUUGCAAUAGUUUGGGUUUUUCGAACAGCCAUUGACAUGGUCAAUAAACUCAUCGUUGUACUGGGAAGUGGGCCAGGCUUGGGAGUUGCUACAGGAUCAAGGUUCGCAGCACAAGGCUUUGAUGUCGCCUUGCUUGCUCGAAAUGCCGCACGUCUACAACAGGACGUAGCAACAGUCAGAAAGGUGGCCUCCAACGCAAAGAUACAAGCAUACACCGUGGAUAUCUCCGACCAUGUCGCCUUGUUAGACACACUGAAGAAGGUGGAAGCCGAACUGGGUGCUCCAGAAGUCGUAUUCUUCAAUGCAGCACGAGUCGGACCCUCGAAGAUCGGCGAGACGCCUCCAGAUCAUCUGCUGGAAGACUUCAAAACCAUGAAUAUUGGGCUCUACGUUGCAGCGACAUGGGCCAUACCACAUUUGACUGCGGCAGCGGGACGGCCAGGAGCUCAUCCAUCAUUCCUUCUGAGCAACGGUGCCAUAUGCGAAACACCUAUUGCCGGGUUCUUCGCCUUGUCGAUGCAGAAGGCUGCACAAUUCAAUUUCACCAGUAGUUUGCGCCAGGUUUUGGGACCCAAAGGUGUUCAUGUGGCCGUUAUCACCAUUGCAGCAAUCAUUAGGGAUGACCACCCGGUACUGAAUGCAAAGAACAUUGCUGAGCAAUAUUGGAAGCUUUACGAACAAGAAGAAGACAGUUGGGAGUUCAACGUCCCGAUGGGAGAUAUCCAAGAGUUGUAUGAUAUUCUGAAAGGCCAGUGAACCCGGACCAAGGGUGCAGGGGUUUGUACUGUGGUAGGCCUUCCACGUGGGAGGCUGGAGGGGCUGGUGCAUCUCCCGGCCAAAUGCCUGUCCCGAACCACAGGUAGCCAUCAGUUUCUAGGGCAGGAUAGCUUCGGCAUUGACGCCAUUCCAUGCGCUUAAGGGACUU